AUGAAGUCUCUUCCUUGUCUCGUGUUCGUAGCUAUCAUCGUCGUAGUCCAGUCUGUGAGUACGGAGAGAAAAUGGAUCCUUGAAUGCCAAAGUGAAACCGGAGUUACAUUGGAAGCGUUGGAUUAUAUCAGGUUUAAUGACUUCUCCGCCGUAGAUGACAAAGUCAAAGCGUUCGUUCUAUGUUUCGGCAAGAAAUACGGUCUCCUUAAAGAAUCUGGCGACAUAGACGUGGAAAAAGUUAAAAAGGAACUGAGGAGUGUCGUCGACAGCGAAGACCAAAUCAACAAAAUCAUCGGCAAAUGUCUCGUCAAUAAAGAAACGAAACAAGAAACAGUGUUCCAGGCUUUUAAAUGCGUCAGGUUUGGGUUGUUGGUUUCGACAAGUUAG